AGCGCGCCGAUGGCGGAAGUGGAGUCCCCCCCAUCAUCACGGUGCUCCCGGCGGCGGUAACGGGGCUCAGGUACCGGGGCGGAGCUCCAUGGAUCCGUGCCCGGGCAGGCCCAAGGCCCCGUCCUUCCUGUCGGACCUGGGCAAGGCCACUCUGCGGGGCAUCCGCAAGUGCCCCCGCUGCGGCACCUACAACGGCACGCGGGGGCUCAGCUGCAAGAACAAGACCUGCGGCACCGUGUUCCGGGCGGGCACGCGCCGCCAGCCGGGCGCCGACGCCGUGCGCGUCCUCACCGGCUCCCACAGCCAGCUGUACUCGGUGCGCCAGCGCGACUCGCGCUGCUUCGUGGAGCUGGGGGUGUCCGAGACGGCCAUCCAGACCCCCGAGGGCACCCUCAUCACCCAGCUGAGCUCGGGCCGCUGCCACGCGCCCGCCUGCGCCAAGGCGGCGGCCGACAAGCAGUGCCAGCACCUGAAGCUGGCGCUGGGCUGCCAGGCCGAGGCCACGCCGCUGCCGCUCAAGAGCUCGGUGCUGGGCACCGUGCAGGCUCCCGCCGAGGCCAAGCAGAGCCUGUGGGAGCUGGCCACCGAGCCCACGGGGCCGCUGGUGCAGAGGGUCACCAAGAGCGUGCUGGUGGUCAAGUGCAAGGCCAGCCAGAGGCACAGCCUGGGCUACCUGCACGCCAGCUUCGGCCAGCGCCGCUUCUCCUGCGCCUGCCGCGCCCCCGGGCACGGCCGCGCCAAGGGGGAGGACGAGGAGGAGGAGGAGGAGGAGGAAGAGUCGCCCCCCGCGCGCUGCAUCCAUUUCCUGGCCUGCAUCUGCGCCUUCGCCAGCGACGAGAGCCUGGCCCAGGAGUUCUCCGACUUCCUGGCCUCCGACGCCGGCGGGCUGAAGGGGACGGUGAUCCCGCAGCUGCUGCGCGGCCCCGGCUCCACGGCACGGGCUCGGGGGGCGGCUGCUGCCAGGGCCAAGAGGAGGAAAAAGGACCUGGGGCCAGGGCCGCAGCUGCCCGGGCCCCUCCUGGCUCCAGACCCGGCUCAUCCCGGCCCCAGGAGGAGCGGCCUGAGGAAGCCGCCGGUCUCCUCCUCCUCCUCCUCCUCCUCCUCGCUGAAGAGACACGGCUGUAACCAGGUGCUGGAUGAAUCCCAGGUGUCCCUGUCCUUCCAGGAGUGGCUGGGCAGCGUCACAGAGCGCAUCCACCAGACCAUGCACUACCAGAAUGCUGUGUCCCUUUUUGGGGAUGCUUUUGGCCGCCCGGAGCCGCUGGUGUUCCACAUCCCCCAGUCCUUCUUCGAGGCUCUCCAGCAGCGCAUCUCCAGCGGCAGCGGCAAGAAGAGGCUCCCCAACUCCACCACGGAAAACCGCGACACGGGCGGUGGCAGCAGCCAAAAACCCCGAGAUCAGCCCCAAAAUGUCCUUUACAGCCCCUCCCUCCAACAUUUCCCUGCCAUUAAACCCCCGGCCACCUCGGAAUUUUCAUCCGUUAAUUCGGGUCCAUUAAUUUAG